AAUUUCGUACCGCCACUGUUUGCGCCAGCCUUGUGGGUCCUCGGGCGGCGCCUGUUCUCUUCCCUCUCGGCCUCGGGAUGAUCGGCCAGAAGACUCUCUACUCCUUUUUCGCCCCGAGCCCUGCUAGAAAGCGACGUGUCUGUAGCCCCGAGCCGGGCGACUCGGGGACCGGCGUGGCGGCGGUAGCUGAGGAGAGCCUGGAUGCAGCGGCUAGCCCGGCCAAGAAGGCCCGGGCAGAGGAGGAGGAGCCCGGCACACCGCCCUCAUCGCCGCUGAGCCCCGAGCAGUUGGUCCGCAUCCAGAAGAACAAAGCCGCGGCCCUGCUCAGGCUCGCGGCUCGCAACGUGCCGGUGGGUUUUGGUGAAAGUUGGAAGAAGCACCUCAGCGGAGAGUUCGGGAAACCGUAUUUUAUAAAGCUAAUGGGCUUUGUUGCAGAAGAAAGAAGGAAUUACACUGUUUAUCCACCCCCACACCAAGUGUUCACGUGGACACAAAUGUGCGACAUAAGAGAUGUGAAGGUUGUCAUUCUGGGACAGGAUCCAUAUCACGGGCCCAGUCAGGCUCAUGGGCUCUGCUUCAGUGUUCAGAGACCUGUUCCACCUCCGCCCAGCUUGGAAAACAUUUAUAAAGAGCUGUCCACAGACAUAGAUGGUUUUGUCCAUCCUGGUCAUGGAGAUUUAUCUGGGUGGGCCAAGCAAGGUGUCCUCCUACUCAACGCUGUCCUCACAGUCCGGGCGCAUCAGGCCAACUCUCAUAAGGAGAGAGGCUGGGAGCAGUUUACGGAUGCGGUCGUGUCCUGGCUGAACCAGAACUCAAGUGGUCUUGUGUUCUUGCUCUGGGGCUCUUACGCUCAGAGGAAGGGCAGCGCCAUCGACCGGAAGCGCCACCAUGUGCUGCAGACCGCCCACCCCUCCCCGCUGUCUGUGUACCGCGGGUUCUUUGGAUGCAGGCAUUUCUCUAAAACCAACGAGCUGCUGCAGAAGUCUGGCAAGGAGCCCAUCAACUGGAAGGAUCUGUGACCUUGAACUGGUGGGGUGUGGUGGUCUCCAGGCAGUUUCUAGAAGUUUGUCAGUGACGGAGUCAAAUCGAAAAAAUAAUUUCCCUGGUGAUCCUUAAGCAUUCUGUGUAUGGGAGAGAAGGUUUGGGUAAAGUGGGCACCAGCCACACUGCCCUGGAUUGGCAGCUCUGUCCAGCAAGACUGUGACCACGUCCAUCUCUGUGUUGUGGCUUUGGCCUAGGUUAUGCAACAAAGUUCUUGGAAGGGAGAGGGGCUCACAUACUUGACUCUCCUUCUCUCCUCUGCUUUAUAGUUAGAGAUGGGGAGAUUGGCACCUUUUUGGUAUGUAUAAUUCGCUGCUACUUGUUUUUACCUGUAGGUUACACUUUAGGUUAUAAAAUGUUAGGUGUUUUUAUUUAGAAAGGUUCCCUUUGCACAUCCUGGUGGUCCAGUCUGGGCCAGUUUCCUCCUUGAAGGAAAUAGGAUUUUUUUUUCCUUCCCCCUCUCUCACCAGUUGCCAGAAACCUAGGGCUUGAUUUCCUGAUGGUAGCAAUACGCAGUGAGCCUUCAGACAGGCAGAGGCCAAGAGAAGUGGGCGGAUCUUGUUUAUACGGCUCUGAGUGUUUCUAGGAAUGAGCAGUAGAAGUUGAACCAGGAAGGAGGAGAAAGGGGAAUUUUUUUAAAUUUUGUAUUUUUUUUAGAGAAAAUAUUUUCCUUUUCUCCCAGGUGUAUCCUGAAUUUGGUUUUUAAGGCCGCAUAGUGCCAGGUGCUGUUUUAUAGGGGCCGAAAUCACUUUGGGGUGCCUUCUGCAGCGCUGGAGAACUUCGUUUUGUGGGUUUUUUAUACUUAUGCAGAUGUGUAUGUGUAUUUUUUCAAAUCCUUUGGUGAAGAGAUGAUCUUUAGGUCUGCACGUCCAUCUCAGAUCCUGCUAGAAAUGCUGUUUUGCUGUUAGCUGGGUUCAAAGUUGAACCUGGUAGGGUUUGGAAAUAAAAGGUUUUUGAAGUUUCA